AUGGGAGCACGACGCACAACCUCGAUCCCCGAGGAGGAACAACCUCUAUUGAGCGACAAUGCCACAGCCAUCCCGCCAACUUCAUUACCACCAGCGGAGGAAGCGACCAAGACCGAGCAAGACGAGGUCAGUGGCGUGCGUCUGUACGUGACCAUCGGAAGCCUAUGGCUUGCGGUCUUCUUCGCCGCCAUGGAUUCGUCCAUGAUGGCAACUCUCACCACCCCCGUUGCCAACGAGUUCCACACCUUCUCCCUCCUGUCGUGGGUGGCUUCGUCCUAUCUCAUCGCCACCGCCGCCGUGCAGCCCCUGACAGGCCGAUUGACCGAGAUCUUUGGCAGAAAGGACGGCGUUCUCUACUGUAUCGUCUUCUUCGGUCUGGGCAAUCUCAUCUGUGGCAUCGCAAACAAUACCGGGACGCUCAUCGCGGGGCGUGUGGUCGCUGGUGCCGGGGGUGGCGGUCUGUUCGCCAUCCAGACCAUGGUGGUCACUGACCUUGUCCCGCUUCGCAAACGCGGCGUAUGGCAGGGCAUUGGCAAUAUCGUGUUCGGCGGAGGAAGUUGUCUUGGAGGAGUGUUCGGAGGCUGGAUCAACCAGACGCUGGGUUGGCGACCGGCAUUUCUGAUCCAGGUGCCCUUCGUCGUCGUCUCGGCAUUCAUCGUGGCCAUAUACGUCCAGCUGCCGUCACCGCCACAAAGCGACAAGAACAAGUUGGCCCGGGUUGAUUUCCCCGGCGCCGUCACGCUGGUCGGAUCGCUGGUCCUCCUGCUCUUCGGGCUCAACAGCGGCGGGAACCUCGUGCCCUGGAAUCACCCACUGGUGCUGACCACGCUGCCGCUCUCGGCGGUGCUGCUGAUGGCAUUCCUCGUCAUCGAGGAGAAAUGGGCCGCGGAGCCACUCAUCCUGGUCCGUCUCUUCCUGAAUCGCACCGUCACCGCGGCGUGUCUGUCCAACUGGUUCGAGAUGAUGUCCCUGUACGGCAUGUUCUUCUACAUCCCCAUCUACUUCCGCCUGAGGGGCCUCAACUCGAGCCAGCAGGGCUCGGAGCUGAUCAGCCAGGGCACCGGACUCCUGGUCGGUUCGUUGGUGGCCGGCUUCGCGGUGAAGCGGACGGGGAGAUACUUCCACCUCAACUGGAUGUUCAUCGGGUUCUAUGUGGGCGCGUCGGUCCUGCUGUGUCUGCUCGACAUGGCAUUCCCCCUGUGGGUGGCGCCCGUGUGCCUCGCCAUGUUCGGCUUUGGGUACGGCGGCAUGUUUGUCAUCUCGCUGCUGGCCCUGAUUGCCGCGAUCGACCACUCGGAGCAGGCCAUUGCGACGUCGGCGUCGUAUAUAUUCCGCUCCACCGGGUCGACGAUUGGAGUGACCAUCACCUCUGCGGUCUUUCAAAACGUCCUCAAGGCCUCUCUGUGGAGUCGCUUCGGGGACGAACCCGACGCGGCGACCAUCAUCGGCCGGAUAAGAAACGACCUCGACCUGGAUCUGGUUCCGCACAGUUGGCGCCACGGCGUCGAGGAGAGUUACAUGGGUGCUCUCCGCUCAGUGUGGUUCACGAUCCUGGCUCUGACGGUGCUCGCGUCACUCACCAGCCUGGCCAUGAAGGAGUAUAAACUGUACAAUACGAUUUCGCGGCGAGAGGAGGAGCAGCAGCAGUAG